AACAACAGACAAGCUCUGCUUGUAUUCUGUGAGGAAGCCAAGUUUAAGUACACAUCGCUAGCAGUUGUACUUCAGCAGUGGAGAGAUGCCCCAACGUGAAUUUCAUCGGUGGAGAACUAUUACACUUAUUGAAAAAAACUGAAUGACAACAUUUUACUUUUCUCCACCCAAGAGAGAUGGCAGAAAUCUUUACUGGAUUUCUCAUUUGUCAACUGGCAGCGCUGACCAUCCAGCACGAUGGGAAUAGAACCGGAACAAUAAACCACACAAAAUCUGAAGUGGUUCCAAAAUCUUUCAAGGGCAAGACGUACCUACAGAAUCUGACAAAGCAGCUGUCAAUCAGCCUGCAUCCCAGUGGAGACCCUUGGCUGGAUGUGGACACAGAUGAUGCUGUAACAGCAUACACCACAGGGGUCUUCAGCACCUGGAUUCUUCCUUUAGCUUACAUUUUAGCUAUGAUUGUGGGUAUCCCUUCCAAUGCCUACAUUCUGGCUUUCCUGAGAGUGAGACUCCGAACCAAGUCCCUGUCCACAGUUGUGCUUUAUCUGAACCUGGCCUUAUCGGACCUGUUGCUGCUCCUUUCCCUGGCACUACGUGUUCACUACCAUUUCAGUGGAAACAACUGGGUAUUUGGGGAAAUCCCGUGCAGGCUGAUGACAGCCUUGUUUUACGGAAAUGUCUACUGCUCAGCACAAACUAUAGCAUGCAUCAGUCUGAAACGCUACCUGGCUAUAGUUAAGCCCUUCUUGUACAGGAGACUGGCUAAGACAGCACUAGCAAUGUGGGCGUGCGUGAUCGUGUGGUUCCUAUUCGGGGCGGCUAUUGUUCCAGAGCUCCUGGUUCGGCAAAGCUAUUGGCUUGCUCAGAUGAGAGUCACCACCUGUCACGAUGUGCUUCCCCUUGAAGAAAAAACCCAUUCACUUUUGGUGCCAUACAAACUGGUACUGGUUUGUCUGGGCUUUGUAGUUCCCUUUGUAAUUUCCUUGUUUGCACAUGCAUCAGUGGUAUAUCAUCUUGGACAAUCGGGAUGUGACUGGAGACCUUUCAUCAGGGUGAGCACCCUGGUUUUCCUCGUCUUUGUGGUGUGUUUUUUGCCCAGUGGUAUCCUGCACAUCGCACACUACGCCUGCCUGUUUUCCAGUGGGGACGACAAACUUUAUGGAUACUACAGAGGGGCUGUAUGUCUCUGCUGCUUCCACAGUUGUUUGGAUCCUUUCCUGUGUUUGCUCCUGUCUAAAUCGGCUACAUCAGAGAUACAAUUCAUCUCCAUCCGCAGGAUACCAGAGAGGCUGGCGGUUAUGAUAUGCGACUGAAUGUGUGCACAGAAACUGCAUGGCCUUGCCAGACCAUUGUUGAGACACAGCAAGGAAGCGCAAUUUCAUAUACAAAACCCAAGACACUAACUGAACAGUGUUUACAAUAACCAAAAAGGUGUACAGUGGUGGGACGGGAAUAUGCUGUAUCAUAAUUAAAAAAUAAACUAUUUACGCAACAACUACAUUACGUUUUAAAGAUUUAUACGGUAUUAUCAGCUGGCAGACAACGAUGCAUCCAUAGCUUUUGGAUUUUGUCCACAGUACAAUUGUACUAUUUAGUCGGCAAGUAAGCAAAUUACAAUUCCAUCAACAAUACAAUUUCUAGAUUCUAAAACCAUAUUACCUGACAGAGGAGUAGUUUGGUGUAGUGUAAGAUGUCAUGGUAGUGUUUGGCCAUGGCUGGGUUCACCCCUGUCAACUUGGCUGUGGGGAGGAGCAGGGCUGCAAGUGUCUGCUGAUGAUCUCCAGAGUUCAACGCUUCAUUGAUCUCGGCUAUAGCUAUGAUGCCUGCAUGGAGGACAAAAAUGUUAAAACUAGUAUAUUUGUGGGUUUGUAAAGAAGGUAGACAUUGUCCAAUUUAAGACAAAUGAGUCAUAAAUCUGCAAAAGUCAAAGCUAUGAUGGAAGACUAUUACUUUCUUACGUUCAUGCUCUUCCUGGACCUGAAUGUUGACUGUGUCGAUGCACUUUUGAACAUCAUUCCAGGUGAGGAACUCUUGACCUUUGGUAAGAGUCUCUUCCCGCAAUUUGACAAGAGUGUCAGCAUACCUGAUGAAAGGAAGGAACCAAAUAGACGUCAGACAUGAGAUCAUCAAAUUAAAUAUACACCAACUUCAGAUACUGUACUAGCCUGAGAAAUAAGAGGAGCAAGACUUUGAACUUCAAAGACCAUCUGUGCAGCGAAGAUUGUCACGUUUCAUUACCUAAAUUCCUAAAGACAAUCUUUUCAGCAUAUCUUACCUGUUUAGGUUGUCUUGGUCCAUGUUUGUAAAACCCAGAGGAGAGUCUGUCAGUUGCUCAAUCACAGCCUGUGGAUCUUUGGUGUCCAACACCUCAUUGAGCACAGCGACUGCUGACAGCAUCUCCACAGCUACACUCAACUCUUCGUGGCUCAGGCCCGCCUGAAUGAUAAAAGAAACGCAUGAGGUGCCACUUGACCAUCUAUUCAGUAUUUAUAUAUGGAUCAACAUAACAAAUACGAGUCAAAAUGAUGGAAGUCAUAUCCUACCCGUCCCCCUUGCAGCUGUAAACUAAAAAGCUCAUCCUGAUACAACUUGGCAGCUGUUGGGUAGACGAUGCAAAGCUGGGCCUCAGGGUUCAUGAGCUCCUCGACAGUGCGAGAUGAAUCUCCAAGCCGAAUGGCAGUAUUGAUUAAGGAAACUGCUUCACGUUCUGGUCAAAACGAUCAGAUUAACCAUGACAUAAGCACUGACAAAUGUUAUGGGGUUUUUAACUAUCAAUGUGCCCCAUUAGACAGCACUUACUUCGUCUCUCUGCCUCAGCAAAGUCAUUGCAAGAGCUGACAACUCUCUGAAUCUCCUCCUUGUCUAUCAGCACUGCCUUUCCUCCAUCCUGCAGGAAAAAUUACAAUAUCAGAGAGACAUCAAUAUGUAAAUAAAUUAUUUAGAGCAUUUGUUUCAACUGAAGUUACAAUUUAUUUCUUCCCAGUUAUAUGCAUGGUUUUGAAGGCCGUGCAAGCUUGGACUCAGUAUACCUUGGAUUUGUGCUGACAAUAGGCGGUAAAUUGCUCCAGGUACCAGCUGCGGUGUGUGUCCAGUACACCAAGCAGGGCCAGAGCUUGCAACCUCAGUGCAGCCAACAGAGCACCUUCAUCUUGGGCACAUACUGCUUGAUUGACCUGCCUCACUGCUGCUUGGACUGCAGACAGGGAAAAAAAAAGAAUUUGUUGUAAUAUAUGUGGACUAUACACUUUUUUUGUAAUUUGCUCCAAUUACACUUGCUUACAGUAUAAGUGACAGUAUGUGAGUGACAACAGAAAGAGUUUGUCUAUCAGCAACACGAACUAACAAAGAUUUGAGUUAACAGCAAAAACGUUUGUUCCUUACUGUUGACAAAGACAAUGCAGCUCUGAAUCUCUUGCUGAGUCAGCAGCUCCUCGUAAACAUCUCUUUCUUCAGUAGAAACCGAGGAGUACUAGGUAUAAAGAUAAAAAUAUGUUUUUGCAUACACUGGUAUAUAUUAUUUGAGCAUGUCACAGUUAUUCCUACAUUCCCUUUUGAUUAUGGUGUACUUGUAAAGCAAAUGGGAGAUGAGCUGGCUUGUGAUGCAGUGUAUUAAUGUUUGGUGAAGUACAGCUGACACUGCAGCAGCUGGAAUGUGCUGGCAAGGCUUAUGGAGUGAGUCAGUAUAGGCAGCAAUUUUCUGGGCCACUACAGUUGAUGAAAUUGCAACCAUCUGCUCAGGCAACUUCAAAGUAGCGAUGUCUUACUCUCAUGCUCCCUAAAAGAAAUUCUGCAAGUUGAUCAGAGGGUUAUUCACUCUGGUGAUUGAGUGAGAGCAAGCCAAACAAAUCAAGAGCCACCACUGAUACUUUAAACAAUGGCUGAUAUGUUCAUUGCUGUUCAUCUCAUUUGACCUCUCAUUUGUUGCGGGGUGAUGCCAAAUAAGAAGACAUUCAUUUUCAGUGUGAAUAAAGUUUACAUGCUGAAAGUGUGCAUCCAAAUUGUGAUUAUUGUGAUCAACAUUAUGAUGAAGUUCACAGAGAGUAAUGCUGGCAUUGUAAUAACAAAAUUACACACAUGCGGGUGUAGGUAAAAGAUGUCUUCUGAUGUUGAUUGCUUAUUCUUGUUGAGUCCUUUUAUGUUUAAGUUGUAUAACUAGGAGUGUAAUGAAUGUGCAAAGAAUGGCGCCGUCUCUCAUGGUUUUGGUACUGCAAUUGGGGUGGUAGUUCGAACGUACCAUAUCCCACCUUCUUUCUGUUCAGGCAUGACUGCGGUCAAU